CCGCGGUGUUUUCUCUUUUGCUCGGUCUGUCGCAGCUUUUAGUCUUAUUUGGGCCAGUUUCUAAUGGCUGACCUGGUGCCUGUCGCGGGCUACUGAGUAGUUAGGCCCUAAUCAAGUGCUUGCGGCCAAUGGGACCCAAUUGUUGAACCUCUCCUUCGGCGGAUUGGUACUUGAGUGGUAACUACUUAGGAGAAAUAUGAAUCCCUUUCUGCCUUCGAGGACGCGUUUACUCUUCUACUCAGCUGUGCGGUCUAAUCAUUCUAACUGGGAAGAAUAUAUUGAGAGCUUGUCCUGCAGUUGUUUAGUUGAUCUAUUGUUUAUUUGGAGAAGAUUCAUCAGUGGGAAGACUAGUUGACUGUACAUUGGACUUGGACAUGGAAGCUCAUCUCGCAGAUAUGGAAUCAUCUGGGGGUCCAACUAGUUCUUUAGCCAGUACAUCUAGAAACACACAUGUGGAAGAUGAUGAUGUUGUAUUUAUUGAAUCAGUACAGCCUCCAGUUUGUGCUACAGCUCCCAAUGAAAGAAACUUUGUAUUUGCUUCUUCAAAACAUGAAAAUCCACAAGGAACUGAUUCCACAAUUCCCCCUUCUUGGAGAGAUUUGAUUUCUCAAAAGGGAAAUCUAUGUGAAACAAUUGUAAUUGAUGAUGAAGGGGACACAGACACAAAUGGAGGGGAGGAGAAAAAUCCUACCGACUUUAUUGAAUGGGUACCGAGUGGAAAUAAAAACAGUACCAAAAAUGUGGAUUUCCCCAUUGCCGGUCUAUCAAGAAGCAAGACCAAGACUGCAGUAGGACCUUUUAAUCCUGGUAGGAUUGAUGUCACAGAUGCGUUUCAGAAUGAAAGAUUUGCAGUUCAUCACAAUCCUGAUUCUUGUAUCUCCCAAUCAGCAUCGUUUCCUCGUAACCAGAAACAACAAAAGGAGGAUUCUUUAUCACCAGUGGCCUCACUUCCUAAACAGAAUUUCCAGCCCUCAAACCAACAACAUCUUACUAAACCUGCUAAUAAAAUUACUUGUGCAAACUGCAAAAAUCCUUUACAGAAGGGGCAGACAGCUUAUCAACGAAAAGGAUCAGCUCACCUCUUUUGUUCAACCACCUGCCUUUCUUCUUUCUCACCUAAGCGUACUCGAAAGACACGGAAUGUAAUGUGUAAAAAAGAUUCUCCUGUGAGAACCACAACUAUUGUUCCUCCAGUGGAGUCAAGCAAGUCCAUACAAGGAUUUUAUAAUGCAUCUCUAUCUCCCUAUGAAAACUGCCAGAGUCUUAGGAAAGAAGUUUUUACUAAGUCAAGAUGUAUAAUCUGUAAUAAAUUAGGAGAGGUUCGCCAUGAAAUCAGUGUUAACAGUAUAACACAUAAACUGUGCAGUAACAAUUGCUUUAAUGAAUACAGAUUGACAAAUGGUCUAAUAAUGAACUGCUGUGAACAAUGUAGCAAGUAUAUACCCAAGAGUACUGGGCACAACAUUCUGAUAACAGGUCAGCAAAAGAGAUUCUGCUGCCAGAAUUGUGCUGAUGAGUAUAAAGAGAUAAUGGAAGCAAAAUCAAAAAUACUGCUUUUACAAAAUAGAAAAAGGAAUGCUAUGAGAGAAGAAAGUGAAAAACGAUUACGUGAAUCAUCAGGUGCACUUUCAGGAAACACAGGAGACAUACCCGAAAAAAAGGAAAAGACUUCAGAGAUAAUAAAAGUCACAGCAGACUGUAGCCUGGAUACAUCAUCAGAGGAACAAAAUGUGAAUUUACCUUGUUCUGUGGCAGUAAUACCUGAUACAUUUCAAGAGCAGCUAGGAGACAAAAAUUCAGAGGAAUUUGAUAUGUCCAUUGUACCUUCUUUGGAUCCAGGUUCAUGGCCCCGAAUUUUGAAUAUGAAACAACGUGAAUAUCUUGUCAAAAACAAUCCACCUCAAAUAAGAAAUUUUAAUUUUCCAAAAGACAGUGCAGGCAAGAAGUUUUCAGAAACAUAUUACACACGAAUUCUUCCAAAUGGUGAGAAGGGCACCAGACCCUGGCUGCUCUACUCAGCCUCGAAAGACUCUGUGUUUUGCCUGUAUUGCAGACUCUUUGGGGAAGGAAAAAAUCAACUGAGAAAUGAGAAUGGGUGCAAAGAUUGGCAUCAUUUGUCACAUCUUCUUAGUAAACAUGACGAAAGUGAAAUGCACAUCAACAAUAGUGUUAAGUAUUCAAAAUUAAAGUCUGAUUUGGAAAAUAAAACCAAUGAAGCUACAGAAGGUGGGGAAAAUUGUGUGCAACUAUUGUACACAUAAUGUCCUGUCUGCUCUACAUAUGACAGUGUCUGCAUUACCCAGACACUGUCAUAAAAAGUUUUGUACCAUACACUGUGUAAGAGGAACUUACAGGAGUUCGUUAGCAAUAUGUCUAAUAGCAAACAAAUAGUAAAAAAUGUUCCUGUUCUAAACCUAAAAGCAAUUUGCGAGAGUGUAGUCAUUCUUGCAGAUUUUAGCAAAGGCAGUUUGAGCUUUGUCACUAUUAGGGUUCUCACCUUGUAAAAUGUUGUUGGAGGACUUCCACUUAAUGGCCUAAGAGCAAGAGGCAGCAAGAUGCAUAUGUAACAAGCUAAAGAAAAUGUAUUCAGGCCACAGGGUGGCAGUGUGCACCUUUAAUCUCAGCACUCAGACACAGAUAGUUGGAUAUCUGUGAGCUCUAGGCCAGCCUGGUCUACAGAGCAAGUUCCAGGAGAGCCAAGGUACACAAAAACCCUGUCUUGAAAAACCAAAAA